GGGGCGGAGGAGAUGGUGAGUGGCAAAGGGGGGAGGCUGUGUGGAGAAUAAAGGUAAGGGUUGGACCGAGGAGAGGGGAAGCUGGUGAAAGCAGAUUGGAGCUUGGCGUUGAGGCCAUAGCAAGCACGCUGAUGCUGGUGGAGCGAGCAGAGGAGAUGGUGAGUGGAGGGGAAUGUUUGUGUAGAGGAAUAAAUGGUCCGCUCCUUGCUUCCCCUCACCCCAAGGGACAACAUGAGAGUGCGUCUGUUGCAUCCCACCUCAUCCACCACUGCCGCCACAAGGAUCUCAGCUGCUGCCUCGCCACUCCAAACACCACUUAA